UGCUCCACGCCCCCAUGUUUCCUGACGGGGAGGCCUUAUCUCAGCCGAGCUGCUGAUUAUGACGGAGGAUCCGUGUUUGGCUUGGUGAUGACAGGAAGUGUUUAGUGUCUCCUGUAUUUUUUUGCUCUAUUUUCCCGUUUCAAAUGUUUCUGCAGCUUGUGUUAGUGUUAUGAAUCUGAGGGGAAGGGGCUGUCUUUGUUCUUGGGGAGGAAACAGCACUCCACCCUGAUUGUGUGACUGUGUUUCCACCCCCUCCAUGAGUGUCUGUACUUUUUCUCCCUUUGUAGCUCUCUUUUUUUCCUCUUUACUCCCAUUCUCAAAGCCACAGAAACACACAGCUGUAGUGCGACCACACACCAGACCUCCUCUCACUGCAGCUGAAACAAUGACAUGUCGGGCCGUUUUUCUCGGCGAGGAAUGCCUUGGACUGGAUCCACAUCUCCUUGAGUGUGAUGUUUGAGAUUGUUUGUCUCGAACUUUCCUCAUCCGACGGAGUAUUUUUUCUUGUUUUCCCUGAUGCCGGAUCUCGGAGGCAUCUUUUUCACGUGCGGGGGCUCAGCCCUCCGUGAUCGUUUUCUCAGGGCCGCUGCGUAUUUCCAGGCCUGACGCAGCCAGCUCUUAUCCAGCUGAGCCACUGUGUCAGAGGCAUUUCUGACAGGCGUUUCUUUCCGCUGCGUAAAAGAACAUCAGGUUUGGAUCACUGGGAAGCAGCUGCUCUCAAUCCUCUGAUCUCUAUCUUGGAGAUAAGCUGGAUUUCCAUGUUGAGGAGUCGUUGGUGAACCCUGACAGUCCGUCUGCGUCCUUUCCCUCCUUUCUUUGUUUUUGACUGCUGGAGUAUAAACAGAAAAGGAGUAUAUUGGUGUGGCUGAAUGUAUCCUGCCUCCUCAUGGCAUGCUGCUUCAGGUCCCGCCACUAUGGAAGCUGGACUCUAAACACCCCUCUUCCAGAUGAUGAAGCUGACCAGCACCGCAGCACAAUGGUGGGAGAGGGAGGCGGCCUGGGGGACAGCACCCCUCCAUCCAAGCAUAAAGGCAGCAAGUUUUCUACCCUCGGCAAGAUCUUUAAACCGUGGAAGUGGCGGAAGAAGAAAAGCAGCGAGAAAUUCAAAGAAACUUCAGAAGAGCUGGAGAGGAAGAUGUCAACAAGGCGAACGCGACAGGAGCUGAUAGAACAGGGAGUGCUCAAAGAGGUUCCAGACAGCGGAGGAGAUGGUCCAAAUGUGAAACAGUCUUAUGUGAAGAACGGCCACACUCUACCAGUUGGGGUUGGUGGAGAAGUCGUCAGCAGUGGCAAGAGUCCAAGCAAACCCCCCGCAGAGCCCGACUACAGGAAGAACCCCGCAUGGCUCAGCCAACCGGAUGACCGCAAAGGGCGCUCUCCCUCGGACGGAGACCGCCGCGGAGCUUUGGCCUCCAGAGGCACCGGACUUCACGAGGACGGACGGAGACCAGGGGGCAUGGGGCCACGCGCUCAUGCAGAGGGAGAGUGGAAGUCCAACCUGGCCUGGCAGGGUCAGAUCCACGGGCAGAUGGAGGAGGGCAGACGAGGGGGCAGGCUGCACCCCGAGGACGGUCAGAAGAGACCCGGGCUGCAGAAGGCUCCGUCGGAAGACGGCAGGAGGAGUCGGCCCGCCGACGGAGACUGGAAGCCGACGCUUCCUCGACAUGCAUCUGCAGAGGAGGGACGGGCCCGCAGAGAGUCGGACAGCCAUUUUGUGCCUGACCCUGAGGCCCUUCAGGACACUUUGCGAGAACCUUUGCCACCUAAACAAUCAGUCAUGCCUCCAAAAUGGCUCAUAAGCUCCACCCCAGAACCUGGAAGUGAGGGUUCAACCAGAACACCGUCCAACCACCCCAGCUCUCAGUACUCCUCUCCGCCGGCUGUGAGCUCCAAACCUGUUCGGUCCGUGUCUUCUGCAGGGACCAGCACUCAGCAGGCUGCAGCUUUGACCCCCACCUCUCAGACCGUCAAGCAGCCCCCCCUGCCUCCACCCAAACCCGUGAACCGAGGCAACGCAGGCAUGCUGGUCUCCGCCCUGCAGGGGGGAGAAAAUGCUCAGCUUCCUCUCUACUGGUCCUGCUGGAAGCGAGAGUGCGACUAUGAUGUGUACCUGUCCCUGCCCGUGUACCUGUGCCGGCGGGCCGGAGGCCUGCGCUCAGGUGACUUCACUCAGACAGCAGGGGGCGCCAGUCAUGUCGCCGCCAAGCCCUCUCCCCCCAUGCCUCCUAAAAGGACCACCCCGGUCACCAAGCGCACCAUAGAGGACUCUGCUUUAAGCCCUUCCCCGCACUCUCUAGAGGACCACAGCAGCCUCUCUGUGGGCUUCCAGCUGCCCGCCCCUCCCUCCCCUCCUCUGCCGACGCACAUACCCCCCUCCCCACCCCGCCAGCACAUACACUCCCACCACCUCCACCAUCAGCACUCCUACCCGCACCCGCUGCCCCAACCCAUCCCCAUGCUGUUCGACCCGCCGAGCCCCACCAACGAGUCCCCCCAGCGCCCGGCCCCCGUCCCGCUGCACAUCAUGAUCCAGCGAGCCCUUUCCAGCCCCGGGCCGGCCCAGCCACACCCGGACGGGUUGCAGCGUGCACACGCUCUGCUGUUUGACACCCCUCCGGAGUACCAGGGGGAGCGCGGCCGUCCUCUUCCCGUCAGCAUCCAACCUCUGAAACUAUCUGAAGAUGACUACUCCGAGGAGGAAGACGAUGAAGAGGAAGAGGAAUAUGACGGUGAGAUCCCUCAGCCGGAGCUGGAGCCCCGGAGUCGCCGGUGCCUGAUUGGAGAUGCCGGAGUCUGCUUCCUCCCAGGAGAAAACGGGAGUGAGGGCGAGGAGGAGGAGGAAGAAGACGAGGAGGACGACGAAGGGGAGCAUCACAUGCACGGAGACGACAGUGACUCCGAUGGUCCGGUGCUUCAUAAAGAUGAAGACUCGGAUGAGGAUGAGGAGGACGAGCCCCCACCAAGUGCCCUGGCCAACAGAGUGAAGAGGAAGGACACUCUGGCUCUGAAGCUGGGCAGCCGUCCGUGUGCGCCUGACAGGGACAGGUUCGUCCAGGACCGGAGCAGCCGGGACGAGCAGCCUCCCGGACACACGGGGCUCACCUGGCAGAGCAGGGAGCAGUGGGAGGCCAUCCGGACACAGAUCGGAACGGCACUCACACGGCGACUCAGCCAGAGACCCACCGCUGAGGAGCUGGAGCAAAGAAACAUCCUUCAGCCCAAAAACCAGGCUGACAGGCAGGCGGAAGUCCGAGAAAUCAAGCGAAGGUUGACCAGGAAGCUGAGUCAAAGACCCACAGUUGCAGAACUGCAGGCAAGAAAAAUCCUAAGAUUCCAUGAAUAUGUGGAAGUCACAGAUGCCCAGGACUACGACCGGAGGGCGGACAAGCCGUGGACCAAGCUGACUCCAGCUGAUAAGGCAGCCAUCCGAAAGGAGCUUAAUGACUAUAAGAGCACUGAAAUGGAGGUUCAUGAAGAAAGCAGAAUUUAUACAAGGUUUCAUCGGCCUUAGCGUCCACCAUCAAAGCACUUAGGAUUUGUGAAGCAGCUGCUCCAUCGCCAGUACCGUCGCCGUCUCCAGAAUGUUCUGCACCGUUCAUCAGGGAAAGCCUGGACUCAGGAGGACAGAGCAUGUCGCUUGCUCACCAUUACCCUCUUAACUACAUCGCUUUUGCUGAACUGAAACCUUAGCGGGUGAGGACGGAUGCAGUAUCUCUCCCAUGCGAUGGGGGGAGCCACGUGCCAGAGGAGAGGAGGGGUGGCAGAGGACCUAGAGUAACGCGGCUGACCUCGCUCUGCUGCUGCUGCUGCUGUGCACUUCCCCUCAGGGACUCAGAUCUAGUUACAUUUAGUGCGGCCUCGUUCUGUGUUGCCUUUUCUCUUCUUUACUGUAUAUGGAAACGCCAGCUCGUCUUGUUGAUAUAAAAGCUUACAAUAAAAACGCUAAUAAUGACAGUCGCCCAAAAUAUUCAGUAAGAAUACGUAGUAUGGACAAUCUGCUGUGUGGUGAUGGACAUGGGGUGAAGACUGCUUUAGAACUGGACAUCUCUGGGACCUUGUGUUUUCUAUUGUGUACAGACUGUUAAAAGAACGAAAGAUUUAAUGUCAAAAUAUUCUGCACAAAAUAUUUCGUAAUGUGAUUCUGAUCACGAGUAGGGACCGCGUUUGGUUUUAUUUUUAAUUUAGCUUCGCCUGUGAUUGUGGUUGUGCUGUAAGGUGGCCAUUAAUGCGUCAAACUUAGCUGCAGAGACAGAUGCAGGUCAAGACGCUAUUUGUGUUUCUGUGCCAACAUAACCGAUGCCUGACAGACUGUAGGACACUAACUUCUGCAAUCCACUGCAUGAGCCAACACCUGAAUCCAGUGCCAUUGGAUCUGGAGGAUCUCUCUUCAGCUGUACACUUUUUUUUUAUGAGUUUUGUACUUCCCUUUAAAGAUCGCACAUGCAAUGCAUUCUGUAGCCAUUUUGAAUAAAGUUCUGCUAAUAGUGUCUAUACUAGGAGUGACAUGUAAGUUGCUGUAGAUCAGGGAUUUAUCAAAAAUCAGAAAAUGUAUUAUCGGUCUACAGGGAGUCCUUUUGGCUGAGUCUGCAGAUGUGUUUAUCUCUUCUGGCCAGUAGCUUACAGGGUUCUCAAUACUGUGUACAAGUUAGGUUUAAUUGAUGCUUCUGUAUAUCGGUCUUCCUUUCGUUUGAGAAGAAACUUUAAAUAUAAAAAGCAUUAUAGGUUGCUAUUUUUUUAAUUGCAAAAUAUUAGUUUAUGAUGAAAUGCUAAAAGAUUGGGAAAAUGAAAGUGUACGUUUUCUGUUACAGCUGUUAAUUUUAAAUUGAAUGUGGAAAUGUAUGAACUGACUGUUUUUAACUGUAAAUAGACACUUCUGGUUCUAAUUAAAAUUAAUUGAAAAAAAUCUUGAAAUAA